AUGGAUCCAAAGGCGCCAGAUACUAUCUCGCCGGUGGGCGAACCGGAAGAAUACUCCGGGCGAGCCUCGGAUUCCACCACGAAAAUCAUUCAGAAUGCAAAGGCCGCGACGGAUAAGGAACGCUCCAUGACAUUACUGCAGGGCAUUCGAUUAUAUCCCAAGGCCGUCAUGUGGAGCGUGCUCAUCUCCACCUGUAUUGUGAUGGAGGGGUACGAUAUCAGUCUGGUGAACAACUUUUAUGCAUUCCCUCAGUUCAAUCGGAAAUAUGGUGAGCAGAUGGCCAAUGGCAAAUAUCAGGUUUCUGCGGCGUGGCAAGCAGGGUUAAGUAACGGUGCCUAUUGCGGCGAAAUCAUCGGUCUCUUCAUCAACGGCUGGGCGUCAGAACGGUUCGGAUACCGGUACACCAUCAUGGCCUGUCUCAUUCUCGUCAGCGCUUGGACAUCGAUCUUCUUCACAGCGCAGAACGUGCAGUCCCUCCUGGCGGCGGAGAUCCUGUGCGGUAUUCCCUGGGGUGUCUUCCAGACCUUGACCAUCACCUACGCUUCCGAAGUCUGCCCCGUCGCUCUCCGCGGAUACCUCACGACCUACGUCAAUUUCUGCUGGGGUCUAGGCCAAUUGAUCGGAAUCGGUGUCAUCAAGGGAAUGUUGAAACGAAAUGACGAAUGGGCAUACCGUAUCCCCUACGGUCUGCAAUGGAUGUGGCCACUGCCAUUGUUUAUCGGAAUCUGGCUUGCGCCCGAAUCGCCCUGGUGGCUGGUUCGAAAGGGUCGUACUGAAGAUGCGAAACGCGCCCUCGUGCGCUUGACUAGUAAAAGCAAGGGCCAGGGCGAGGAAGAGGAGGAAUUCGAUCCGGAUGAGACGGUCGCUAUGAUGGUGCAUACUACCGCUCUCGAGGCCAAAAUCACCAAUGGCGCUAGUUACCUCGAUUGCUUCCGCGGGACCGAUCUGCGUCGCACCGAGAUCGUCUGCAUGGUCUGGGCGAUUCAGAAUCUCAGUGGAAAUUCCUUCUCCAAUUACUCCACCUAUUUCCUCGAACAGGCCGGGUUGAGCUCGGACAAUUCCUACGCUUUCGCCAUGGGUCAGUAUGGCAUUAACAUGGUCGGCGUCUUCGGAGCCUGGUUCCUCAUGACCCUAGGCAUCGGUCGGCGCACGCUCUGCCUAUACGGCCUCUGCGGUCUCUGCGCCAUGCUCCUCAUCAUGGGCUUCCUGGGUCUCGUCCCAGAGGCCCACAAAGACCAAGCAUCCCUUGCGACCGGCGCAAUGAUGCUGAUAUGGGCCCUCUUCUACCAGCUCACGGUGGGUACCGUCUGCUACUCCUUGGUGGCUGAACUUUCCACCCGACGCCUACAAAUCAAAACGGUCGUCCUCGGCCGAAACCUGUACAACAUUGUCGCAAUCGUCUGUGGUGUCCUCACCCCUUACAUGCUGAACCCGAGUGCGUGGAACUGGGGCAACUACGCCGGAUUCUUCUGGGGUGGGAUCUGCUUCCUCUGCAUCAUUUACACGUACUUCCGUGUCCCUGAACCGCGCGGUCGGACUUUCGCCGAGCUGGAUUUGCUCUUUGAGCGUGGUGUCAGUGCUCGCAAGUUCGCGGAGACGGAAGUUGAUGUGUUCGAUGAGACGAUCGAGCGUCAUGUCAUCGAUAAUUAUCGUGAGACAAAGGGUGAUCCUAGUGAUCCUGGCCAAUUGGAGAAAAACCGUAUAUGA